AUGGAUCAUCUCAUCCUGAUUAGUGUUAAAUAUCCUCUUCUUUCAUUGAUAACUUUGCUGAUCUUUAUGGCUUCUUCAAAGGCGCUUGUUUCAACUGUUCUCUUAGCAACCAUUCUUCUUUUCUCUCUGGAGGUGAAUGCAUCCAGGGAGCUAAAUGAGCAAACACAUAAUAAGGUCAGCAAAGGACCAGAAACUGAAGAGAAAAUGUCAGCUGAAAUCGGAUUCUCCAUUGGUGAUACUAAUGGCGGUAAUACAAUUGGAGGCUUUAUUCCGAGUAAUAGAUACCCCGGAACAGGAUACUACCCCGGAACAGGAUUUUAUGGAGGCUUUCCCGGUCGUCAAUUUUUCGGCGGUUAUCCCGGUUAUUUUGGUGGCUAUCCCGGAGGAUAUGGUGGUUAUAUUGGCAACCCAUAAAAAGAUUAAUAAUAAAUUAUCAAAAUCAUAUAUAUUAUCUAGUUUUGGAUAUACUAUAUAUAUAUAUAUGUAUGUAUGUGUGUUUGUGUUUGUGUUUGUAGUAAUUAACAAUAAGAAGCGUAUGAAAAAGGAUGCUUGAAAACCCCUGAUUAAUAAGGUAUGAGGUUGAAGUAUGUAUGUGUGUUUUUUGGUAUAGUGUGUGUGUUGUAUGAGUUUAAGUGUUUUGGUUUACUACUAUAUAUUAUUAUUACUCUUGAAUAAAAUCAUUGUGUUGGUUGUUUU